UACAAAUUUCAAAGAUUUCUACAAUUAAUGCUAAUUGCCGUGAAUAAUUAUACCUUCUCAAUCAUUAUAUCAAAAACGGAAUCCUUUAUUUUCAAGUUUAAUAUUAACCUAAAAUAGUCCUAAAAGUAAUACAUUUGAAUAUAUCUAAACUUGCAAAUUGCCAAUUAGUAUGAUCAUAAGUAUAUUUUGCGUAUCUUUCGAAUUUAUGUCGUAAUAAAUUGAAACUUAUAUAAAUAAGGAGAUGGCCGUGUUUCAACGAUAUCGUUGUCUCUCUAUUUCUUUCUCUCUAAGUUUCUGUGACUUUAUAUUUUAUUCUAUUUAAAAUUACCAUGCUUACUGUUACUUUGGAUUACUUACGCAAGCUGUCCGUUUUAACGUGAACCAUUUAUUAUCUCAUCGGCCAGAUCUGUAUGGAGAAAUGGUAGCGGUAGGAGAUAUUGAAGGAGCUGAGAUAGAGAAGCAUAGUCUGCACUUCUCUUUAGUCAAUAUGGAGUAUGAACACAUUAACUGUAUAGCAUAUGCAGAAGUUGCUCUGUUCUUAGAUGAUUACUGGAACUCAACCAAUGCCCCUGUUGCCCUAUGUGUGUUACAAUUUUGGGAAAUUGAUUGGGGUGUUGGUGGAUUCAAGCACGUGAGAACAAUUGAUGGAUUUUCGAGAAUUUUAUUUGAGCCUGAUGAUGUUCCAGAGAUCCAGUCUUUCAGAAUGAGGAUUCCAUACUAUGACUACUGAAGAAAAGAAUCAUGGAUGAGCUGAGCUGGUUACGAACUAAGUUAUAAUGGUGUCGUUUAAUUAUGUUUUGUUGCUUUCAAAUAUGAUUUUUCGCUUUCAUAUUUGGUGUUCUCCUUAUGUUUUCUUUGAAUUUAAAACUUGAAGUUAUAAUAUA